AUGGCGCUCCGCUCCCUCACGCUGCUCUGCGCUGCCGCUGGCGCGUCUGCCGGCGCAAUCGAGCUGACCCCUGACAACUUCGACGAGCUGAUGAAGCCCGAUUGGGAUUCAUUGGCCUCCACUUUCGAGGACUCGAAGAAGGUCCUCAUCGCUGACGUUGACUGCACCACGGGCGGCAAGCCGUUGUGCGAGAAGUACGGCGUGCGCGGGUACCCGACCAUCAAGUACUUCAACCCUCCCGACGAGGAGGGCGAGGACUACAAGGGCGGCCGCAGCCUCGACGAGCUCAAGAAGUUCGCCGAGAACGAGUUGGGGCCG